UUUUUAUUAUUAUUUUUUGCCAUACACACGUAGAUUAAAUAGUAGAACUUUGUAUAUGGAAAAGAGGACGUAACGAUUCGAGCAAAAGGUGUGCGCGACGACGCGACGCUACUGGAAAACACUUGGAUCGCGGAAAACUAUGCGUAUGCGGGACUAAUUUUUUUAUAUUUAUUUUCUCGUAAUCGACACGCCAGAAUAGUGCAUAAAGCAUAAAGGGAAUGCCGUUCAAGUGUCGGAGUGUGUGUGAAAGUGGAGUUUCCGAAUCAGGCGAUUAAGAUCGUGUCCCCGCCUUUGCCCCGCCCGGCCCCGUCUGACACCCGCAACCCCCUAUCCACGAACCGUGCCACCAAUCAAAAAUAAUUAUUUUGCAGGCAACGACGCCGCUCAACUUCUCCAAGAACUUUCCGCUGAAGAGUGCAAAUUGAGAGCAGAACUUCCCCCCACAUCCGUGACCGCGUGUUUAUGUGUAAGUGUGUGUGCGCCCCUCUACUCUCCAGCGCCCCCGUCGAUCCCAUUUCACGCGUCGCCGCUUCGUCUCGCCGUCUCGCACUCUUCACGUCUGUGUGUGUGCGUGUGUCGCCAUCUCCCUCUGAUGCACCACUAGCCCGAACAGCAGCAACAGCAACAGCCAAGGGGCCAGGCAGAAACCUAGCCAACUGUAUCCGUCAUCAAACAACAACAAGAACAGCUACAGCAAAAACAAAAACAACAGGCCGCAGCAGCAGCAGCACACAGAAAACGCAUUUCAUUGCCAACUACUGACGAAACGGUCAACGACAUUGCAACAUAGAAGCUACAACAACAACAAGAAAAACAACAACAACAACAACAAAAGCAGCAGUAACUAACACAACAAGAAACCCGCUAUAAAGAGAGAGAGAGCACAGCGAGCCGCCAAGCCAGCCGCCACAUAGAAAAGCAUAGAAAAUAAAAAUGCCCAGAUGCGAUGUGAAAACGCGUUACAUUCCUGCGACUUUCGCCUGGAUUGUGCUGCUCCUAACCACAUUUCUGUUCUUCUAUUAUCCCUGCCAGUACUACGUGAAGAGCCAACCAUGGGUGCUAGCCUACCAGGGUGUCAUCACAUUCUUCGUGCUGGCCAACUUUACGCUGGCAACGUUCAUGGACCCGGGCAUUAUACCCAAAGCCUCACCCGACGAAGACUGCGAGGAGGAGCUGCGCGCCCCGCUCUACAAGAAUGCUGAGAUCAACGGCAUCACCGUCAAGAUGAAAUGGUGCGUCACCUGCAAGUUCUAUCGCCCGCCCCGCUGCUCCCACUGUUCCGUAUGCAAUCACUGUAUAGAGACGUUUGACCAUCAUUGCCCGUGGGUGAACAACUGCAUUGGCCGGAGGAACUAUCGAUUCUUUUUCUUCUUCCUCGUCUCACUCUCCAUCCACAUGCUGAGUAUAUUCUCGCUGUGCCUGGUCUAUGUGCUCAAGAUAAUGCCCAACAUCAAGGACACGGCGCCCAUUGUAGCCAUGAUACUGAUGGGCCUUGUGACCGUUCUGGCGAUACCCAUAUUCGGCCUGACCGGCUUCCACAUGGUGCUGGUGUCACGGGGUCGCACGACCAACGAGCAGGUCACGGGCAAGUUCAAGGGCGGCUACAAUCCGUUCUCGCGCGGCUGCUGGCACAACUGCUGCUACACACAGUUUGGACCACAGUAUCCAAGCUUACUCAACCCAAAGAAGUACGAAUCGAGGCGAUCGCAGACCCAGAAUCAGGCCAUUAGCACGAUAUGCAACGAUCGGACCAACAAUCAACAGAACAAUUCCAGCGGUGGUCCCGGUGGCAACGGGACUGCUGCUGCUGCCAUCGGCAGUGGUGGUGGCAGUGGCGGCGGCGGCGGCGUCGGCGUCGGUGCCGGUGGCGGUAUGCGUGGUACAGCGGUGCAGUAUUCGCCCCGCUCCUACUACGAGUCGAGUCGGGAGAAGCGCGGAAUUCAGGUAAAGACUUAUAUGGCCGAGGGCAAUGGUUAUAAUCAACGGUCGGGCAGCACAACGCUUUACAGUAAGCUAUCGCCCGGACGAGAGUGCUCCGACACGGAUCUGGAGCCGCCACCCGCCUCACAGAGCCAAGACUGCGAGCCGACGCCGCCGCUGCAGCGCCAUAACUCAAGCAACUUUUACCUGCCGCAGGUGAGCGACGGCGUCGGCGUCGGCGGCGGCGGUGGCGGCCUCAACGGCAGCAUAGCCACGGGCAUGCCCAACUCCCAGAGCACUGCCGGAGGCGGUGGAGGCGACUCGCCCCGGCACAUGCGUCUCUACCAUCCGCGCCACAGUCCGCAUGCGCGACCCAGGGGACUAGAUCCACAGCGCGGCUAUACGAGCGAUGCUCUUUCGCCGGACCAUCCCGGCGGCGUCAACGUUGGCUAUGGCGUCGGCGUCGGCGUCAGUGUCCAGCAGCAACAGGCUAUAGCGGCAGCAGCGGCUGCGGCUGCAGUGGCGGCGGCAGCAGCACAAAAUCAACGCAGCGGGACGACCACCGCCACACCCACCAUGCAGCAACGAAUUAAGCCGCUGGGCGUGGCAACGCCCCUGGUGAUGGCAAGUCCAGUGCGAAGAUCCAAUCCGGGCACGCCCACGCAACCGAGACGUCCCGACUUCAUUGGCCUGAAUGCCCAGGCAGCGGCUGUAGCGGCGGCAGCAGUGGCCCAACAGCAGCAGCAACAACAACAACAACAACAACAACAGCAGGCAGCAGCGGCGGCGGCUGCAGCGGCAGCAUACUAUGAGUACACCAGCGGACUGCCGCCGCAGCAUCCACAGGCGCCGACCAUUCAGCAGCAGCAGCAACAGCUCUUGCUCCAGCAGCAACGAGUCCUCAUGCAGCAUCAACAGCAGCAGCAGCAAGCGUUGCAGCAGCAGCAGCAGCAGCAACAACAACAACAGCAAGCUGCAGCUCAUGCGGCACAUCCGCAGCACGCAGCAUUGGCUCAGGCUGCCUACGGUGGCAGUCCCCAGCGCCGCUUCCUCUCUGAAGGGGAGCUGGUGCGGCAGGGACAGGGCGGUGGCAACGAGCUGUCCUACGCCCGCUCCAACAAUACGGUGGAUAACAUACGCGAGCUGGCUGGGAGCCCACAGCGCGGUGUCUACAUGUGGAAGGACACCUCGCCAGGUUUCAGCACCAACAGCGCCGGCGGGGCCCAACAGCAGCAGCAACAGCAACAACAGGCCGCUGUGAGUGGCAUUGGCAGUAGUGCUGGCACGCUGCCGAGCAGCGGAAACUCGUCCGGGGUGGUGCCGCACGCUCAGUACAUUACGGCUGGAGGAGGCACGCAUCCGCUCAUCAUGACGCACUCGCGUCUGCAGGACUACGCAGUUCAGCAGCAGCAACAGCAGCAGCAGCAGCAACAGCAGCAACAACAACAACAACAGCAACACCAACAGGCGGCAGUGGCUGCGGCGGCAGCAGCUGCCUCAUAUCAUCGCUCGAACCCCACGAGUCCCACGACAAUGCCGCAGGCCUCCACAGCACAAACGGGCUACGUUCUGCGCUACGGAGGGGCCGCCGGAGGGAGCAGCGGCAGCAUUGCCAGCGUGUCGGCCAGCGGACCUUCGAUAGGUGGUGCGGCCGGUGGCGGUGGGUAUCAGCCAGCGCUCCGCGGAGGUGUACCCGUCUUCCCGCCCAAUCCGCUGGUCGGUGUCAGUGUGAGCAGUGCGGCGGGCACCCUGCAGACACAGCCCUCGCCACAAAUUAAGCGCAAGCAGACACCGACACGGCCCAUGAGCUUUGUGCGCGCCCUGGAGAUGACCGACUCCAUGGAGAUGCAGUCGCUCGAGCACCAGCAGCACAACAACGGCGGCCUGCCCAGCGGCGUGGCGCCACCCGUGAGCGCAUCUCAGCCACAGAGCAAUGCGCAUCUCAUGCAGAAUGCCUCCAAUUCGGCAACGCCCGAUCGGGCCAGCAUCUACGACAUGAACUACGAGAUCUCCGUAUAACCCGUGGUUGUGCCCGUUCUCCUAAUGCCACCCGCCUCCAAAAGCAGCCACCAUCCUGCCCCAGCUGCAGUCACAGGCACAGCUCAACCAAUUGCUGCUCUCAACCAGCAGUUCUUAUGCCAACAUCAGCAGCCACAGCCGUCACAGCAGCAGCAGCAGCAGCAGAUUCAGCACCAGCAAUUGUUGGAGCCAGCGGCCUAUGCCUCGGUGCCGGUGCUGCCCGUAAAGCAGCUGAGCAACGGCUUUGGCAGCUACCACCACAAUUCGCAUCAGCCUCAGCAUCCGCAGACGCAGCAGCAGCAGCAGCAACUUCAUAACCAGAACCACCAGAACCCUCAAAUGCCGAACAAACGAAAAUUUUCAACCUUCUUUUGAGUUGAUCCACCCGAGCCCAGUCUCUUCUUAUAUUUGUUUGUUUUUUUUUAAUCUAUUUUAAAUUGUAUAUAUCUAAGUUAUAUACAUAUGUGUGUACAUAUACGUAUGCCAGAUAUGUGUGUGCAUGGACCGCUUGCGUACUGCUGUUGUAGCUAUAGCUUUUAACUAUUAUUAUUAUGCAUUUCUAUGCUUUGUUUUUAUGAUUAUUCAUUUUUACAAGAUCCACUCUCUUUUAAUAUUUAUCAUUCUCAUCACCCGUAAGCAUUUAUAUGGUCAAUAUUAUGAUACGAAUUCAGCAGCAAGAAAAGUAACGAAAAAGAACCAAAAACAACAAAAAACGAACAUGAAAUUUGAUAAGAAAUGCAAAAAACAAUUGAAAUACUUUGUACACGUGCAGGUGGCCUAUACAGGGCGUUUCCAUAGCUGUGAGAUUAGGAAAUCUACCUUCGUUUGGAGCACACACUCUUAGGCAAACCAGUGGCCAAUAAAAGAAACAACAUUACUUAUGCACAUAUGUAUAUUUAAGGCAGUGUCUUAAGUAGAUUAAAUGUAUGUAAACCAUCUGCAUGUACGUAUAUGUAUGCCAUAUAAUGUGCUUAUAGCAGCAAUACAUAUAUGUAAGUGUGUGUAAAUCGUGUGCUAUAAUAGCUCCGAUAUUUGUUUGGAAUUGGUAUGUCUGUGUAUCCCAAAAUGUUCCAGAAAGUAAUGGAUUUAUUUCACCAAGCCAUCACCUUGAAAUAAUUCAAACGACAGCAUAUUCUUCGUUCGUCAAUUGCCAAAUUCAAUUCUCUAUUCGUUGAUUCAAAGAAUUGUUUGCUCUAGCUUUCAAAUGUUUAAUUUUAUUUUAUAUUUAAUAUUAGACAUUCGAUUUUAAACGUUAACAAACUGCAAUCGAAAGCUUUAUAGAACGAGAGAGAGCGAGAGCGAGAGCGAGAGCGCUUCCCACAGCCCUGAAACGCACUGUAUAUGGUAACAGGCAGUGCGGUAGAGUACAUUUUGACUAUUAUAAUUUGUUGUACCUCUUAAGAAAACCCGAAACCGGUGCCGCAAUGGUCUGUGUGUAACUUUAAUGUCGUCCAAUUCAGAUAAGUUUUGAUUUUCGUGUACAUAUAUGUAUGUAAGCUUAGUGUGUGUGUGUGUGU